AUGACUUCCAUCAUUAAAGAAACACAAAGCAUUAAAGAAGCAGUGACCUUUAUCAACACGAUUGAUGUGAACAAGUUGUCAAGGCUGAUCUCCCGGAUCAUACAAAAGCUUCAUUUGAAGGGUGAACAAACAUUCAGUGAAGAAGAAGAACAAAAGCUCCAAGCUGCUCUGUCAUUGGAUAAACAUGCUCUUAAUUUAGUCCUGGAAACGGCAGCUUUUAUUUUGGAGCAGGCAGUUUAUCAUAACAUAAAGCCAGCCUCUCUGCAACAGCAGCUAGAGGUGAUACAUCUAAGUCCAGAAAAAGCUGAGGUGUUCUCCCAAACCUGGGCUGCUGCUGGACCGGAGCUGCUGGAGAAGCUAAAGCGUAACAUCUUUGCCCCAAAGAAGCUGGAGUAUGUCGGCUGGCAGCUCAACCUGCAGAUGGCCCAGUCCAGCCAAGCCAGGCUGAAGUCUCCCAGUGCUGUCCUCCAGCUGGGGCUCCAGAGUGAAGAGUCAGAGGUAUGGGCUCACAGAAGCGCUGUACAGUAUACUUCCACGUAUCUAUUAGAAACACAAACGUCUCUAAAUUUGACCAUUCCUUGCUACGGCUGCCUGUCUUGA